AUACGAAAACUUCAGUUGAUGGGCACUGUUUACCAACAGUGAUUUCACGAAAAUACCUUUCGUUUUUCUUCCCAUUCCUGCUUUGCUUUUCAAUGUUAAACAGUGGAUUUACAAAUUUCCCCUUACUAUUUGUUGGCUGGGGGUGCCACCACCUCUAAGAAGAUACCUGUUUGUUCCAUUUGGGUCCAGAAUCUCCCCAGUUCUCUUUCUCACAAACCACGAACCAAAAAAUUCUCUCUCUAAAAAGAUCACGAACCCCAGCACAAUCUCUCUCAAAACCUGUUAACCACAACACAAUCCGGUCCCGAUUCGAAGAAAGCUUUAAGCCCAGAAAAAGUUCGGUUUCAUGGGGAGUUUGUUUUGAUUUUUUGUGGAAGAAUUCCAGUUUCCAGCGCUUCGUAUUCUUCAAUUACAGAGUGGAAUUAUGUACAGAAAAUCUCUAAAGAUGCUGACAAUGGAGGGACAUUGAUUCAGAACACAGUGGUCAAGUCUUUACAAGCUAAUUCUGCAGCAAAACUCAAUUCCAUUUGCAAAGAAGAGAUCGAUCAUGGCUGUGGAGGUGGUAGGCGGAGCAUUUUUCUCCGCUUUCUUUCAACAAGUAUUUCAAAAGAUGGAUUCUCAGGAGGUCAAGAACUUCAUCAGAGGAAAGAAACUGACUGAUGGGUUGCUGAAGAAGUUGAGGAUCGAGUUGUUAUCUGUCAAUGCUGUUUAUGAUGAUGCCGAGCAAAAGCAAUUAAGUAACCCAGUUGUGAAGCAGUGGCUGCAUGAGCUUAAAGAGGCAGUCUUUCAUGCUGAGGACCUUCUGGACGAGAUCAAGACAGAAGCGUUAAAGCGGAAAAUGGAAGCUGAAUUUGGAAGUAGCAUAAGCAAGGUACAAGACCUCAUCUCUGCUUCUUUCCAUGCUUUUGAUGAGUCUAUAGACAACAAGAUAAAGGAAAUUAUUGAGACGCUAAGCUUCAUUUCACAACAGAAAGAUGCCUUCGGUUUGAAAGAACGUUGUAGUCACAGAAUCUCACAAACAUUGCCUUCAACUUCUUUAGUAGAAGGCUCUGAUGUAUAUGGAAGAGAUCAUGAGAAGGAAACCAUCAUUCAAUUGUUGCUAUCAGAUGAUGUUACUUGUAAUAAGAUUGGCGUCAUUCCCAUCGUGGGCAUGGGUGGGAUCGGAAAGACCACCCUUGCCCAGCUCUUAUACAAUGAUGAUAAAGUGAAGCAGCAUUUUGUGCUCCAGGCAUGGGUUUGUGUUUCUGAUGAAUUUGGCGUUGUUAAGAUCACACAAACAAUUUAUGCAUCAGUCACUUCACAAACCUGUGAUACCACAGACCUAGACCAGCUUCAAGUCAAACUCAAAGAUGCUUUGAAGGGGAAGAAGUUUCUUUUUGUUCUUGAUGAUGUUUGGAAUGAGAAUUACAAUAUUUGGGAUUCCUUAAGGCGCCCCUUCGAGUCUGGAGCUCAUGGAAGUAAGAUCAUUGUCACCGCAAGGAAUGAUGGCGUUGCAACUACGAUGGGUACUUUGCAAACCCACUAUUUAAAGAACUUACUUGAGGAAGACUGUUGGUUUUUAUUUGCAAAACAUGCCUCCAAAGAUGCAAGUGGUGUUGUAGAUCCAAAUCUUGAGGUAAUUGGAAGACAAAUUGUUAGCAAGUGUAAAGGCCUUCCUUUAGCUGCAAAAUCUCUCGGUGGUCUCUUACGCUCUGAAUCAAAAGUGGAGGAGUGGGAAAAUGUGCUAAAAAGUGACAUAUGGGAGUUGUCAUAUGCAAAGAUUGACAUUCUGCCGGCUCUAUGGCUAAGCUACCAGUACUUGUCUCCGGAGCUGAAGCGUUGUUUUGCUUAUUGUUCCAUAUUUCCCAAAGACUAUAAAUUUAACAAAUCUGAAUUAAUUUUGUUGUGGAUGGCCGAAGAUCUUUUACAACCCCAAAAGAAGACUAUGUUGGAAGAUGUUGGAAAGAAAUACUUUGAUGAUCUGAUCUCACGGUCAUUUUUUCAAUACUCAUCUUCAAAUGAUUGUUUCAUCAUGCAUGAUCUGAUGCAUGAUUUGGCGACUUACGUAUCUGGAGAAUUUUGCAUUAGAUUGGAAGACCACAACUUCUCAUUGGACGUUGUGAGCAAGGGGUCGUCAUUUUUUUUCUUAUUUGCAAUAUUCAUCUAAUGUUGAUUAUAAGAGAUUUGGCACUAUUUAUGAAGCUAAGUAUCUGCGCACCUUCAUUCUUGGCGAUCUCUAUUUGCCGACAGUACGACUUGAUCUCCUUUUAAUGCUACAGUGUUU